AUGUCGCAAUUGCGAACCCCAUCAAAACCUGCUAACUUCGCAAAUGCGAAGGAUACGUCGUAUUUGCGACCAUGGGCAAUUCCGGUCACCUUCGCAAUUGCAAGGAAAGGUCACAUUUGCGACAUCACAAUUGCGAGGAAAUGUCGCAUUUGCGACCAAGGCGCAGGAGGUAGCGGGCCUUGUGGUGCAUGCAAGUUUCUUAGAAGAAAAUGUGUGAGGGGAUGCAUAUUUGCACCAUAUUUUGAUUCUGAUCAAGGCACUGCUCAUUUUGCUGCUGUACAUAAGGUGUUUGGAGCUAGCAAUGCCUCUAAAUUGCUGCUCAGAAUUCCAGCACAUAAACGUCUGGAUGCUGUCGUUACACUUUGCUAUGAGGCUCUUGCUAGAGUUAGAGACCCUAUCUAUGGUUGUGUUGCUCACAUCUUUACUCUUCAGCAACAGGUUGUAAGUUUGCAAGCUGAGUUAGCAUAUGUUCAAGCCCGCCUUUCUACCUUACAGCACCUCCCUAUGCGACAAGGGCCAGAGCCACAAAGUCCAAUUACACCAACAGCGCUGCAAUCAUCUUCAGAUAUCUUCUGCACUACUUCAAGCAUAUCAUCUUCGAGUAAUAAUAUGGAAUAUCCUCAAUUUGACAUAACCGCAGGUUUAAGUGAUUCGUUCGAUGAUCAAGAACUGGAGAACUUUGAGCUCCAUACAUUAGCACGAGAGUUUGUUUCUAGACACUUACCUGGAGUUAGAUUUAGACCUUCACCAUAA